AUGGGAGGGAGGAAGAUGGCAAGAGAUGAGGAGAUCAUCUAUGGCUUGGAGGAGGACUCACCAGGCCCAAGGGUGCCCCAACUGAGGCUCAUCCUGGUAGGUAAGACCGGGACCGGCAAGAGUGCCACUGGCAACAGCAUCCUGGGCCAGAAGUGCUUCCUGUCCAAGCUGGGGGCUGUGCCUGUCACCAGAGCCUGCUCCCGGGCCAACAGGAGGUGGGCCGGCUGGUAUGUGGAGGUGGUGGACACUCCAGAUGUCUUCAGCUCUGAGGUUCUGAAGACCGACCCUGCGUGCAUAGAGACAGCCCGCUGCUUCCUGCUGUCAUCGCCUGGGCCCCAUGCGCUGCUGCUGGUCACCCAGCUGGGUCGCUUCACCACUGAGGACUGCCAGGCGCUGGCAGGGGUGAAGCGGGUGUUCGGGGAGCAGGUGAUGGCACGGACGGUUGUGGUGUUCACUAGAAAGGAGGACCUAGCCGGAGAGUCUCUCCAGGAUUACGUGCGCUGCACGGACAACCGCGCGCUGCGAGAGCUGGUGGCCCAGUGCGGGGGCCGCGUGUGCGCCCUGAACAACCGCGCCACGGGCCAGGAGCUCGAGGCACAAGCUGAGCAGCUGCUGGGCCUGGUGGCGCACCUGGUGAGGGAGCAUGGUGGCACGUGCUACUCCAAUGAAGUGUAUGAUCUGGUGAAGACCCUGCGGGGCGCUGACCCCCAGGACCAACUCACCAAUGUGGCAGAGAUGGUGGCAACCCGCAUGCAGAGGCCCCUGCACACCAGGCUGCUAACUGGGCUGUGGGAAUGGCAGAAAUCCUACAGGAAGGGCUGGAGACGGGGCGUGGCUAUCUUCCUGGGUGUGGCCUUCCUGAUCUACCUGGCCUACAGAAAGAUGCCCGUUGGGGACCAGGAUAACAGAUAG